GGGUGGAAUGGGGCGGGGGGCCGCGCCGCGGCGCUGGGAAGGCGCUGCCCUUCGCUCCGCGCGAGGGCCGGGCUUCCCCAGUUCAGACAAGCCCUUGCCCCGCUCCAGCGGCGGCGGGUUUGGUGCGACACCGUCCUGACAUGUUGUAACUGGUUUCCACACCCACCGCGCCUGAGAGCGACGGGAAGUACCUGCGAUGAGCCCAGCGCCGCCUUGACUCGCCGCCGCCGCGAUCGCAGCAGCCGGGUCGAACCGCCCCGCCGCUCCGGAGGCGAGACCCCACAGCGGGGCACCGGCGCGAUAAAUUUCAUCAGCUCAUGAACGGAUGUUUAAAAGACUUCAUACAAAAUAUAUGUGAAAAUGGAAACUUCAUCUUUGCUAUCGUCCUUACAUGAUGAAUGCAGAUCAGACAACUAUAUUGAACCUCAUUACAAGGAAUGGUACCGAGUAGCUAUUGAUGCUCUGAUUGAAGGAGGUUUGGAAGCCUACAAAGAAUUUCUUUCCAAAGAGAGAUGCUCAGAGUUCCUAGCAGAUGAGGAAAUUGAUUAUAUUUUGAAUAAUGUUCACAAACUUCCCCAAAACACAGUUUAUUCCUCUAACCACGCUAUUGAUGACACCUCUUCCUCGGGAACCUACUGGCCCAUUGAAUCAGAUGUGGAAGCUCCAAAUCUUGACUUAGGUUGGCCCUACCUAAUGCCUGGAAUUUCUGGUGGCACAAAUAUUGAUCUGCUUUUCCAUCCACCACGAGCGCAGCCUUACACCAUAAAGGAAACUAUUCGGAAGAUGAUAAGAGAUGCAAGAAAGGUCAUUGCCAUUGUUAUGGACAUGUUUACAGAUGUGGAUAUUUUUAGAGAAAUUGUGGAGGCAUCUGCUAGAGGGAUUGCAGUGUAUCUCCUGCUUGAUGAGUCAAACUUCAGUCACUUUCUGAAAAUGACGGAGAAACAAGGCUGUCAAGUUCAGAGGCUCAGGAACAUGAGGGUGCGGACAGUGAAAGGACAAGACUACUAUUCUAAAACAGGAGCAAAAUUCCAUGGAAAAAUGGAACAAAAAUUUAUUCUUGUUGACUGUAAGAAAGUCAUAUAUGGUUCUUACAGCUUUAUGUGGUCAUUUGAAAAAACCAACCUCAGUAUGGUUCAGGUUAUCACAGGACAGCUGGUUGAAUCCUUUGAUGAAGAGUUCAGAACACUAUACGCUCGUUCUUCUGUUCCUAGUUCAUUUGCCCCAGAAUUAGUGCGGGUAAACAGUCGCAGGACACUUUGGGAUAGUGAUACAUACCAACACUCAGUGUCUUCCUUGGCUUCAGUUUCUAGCCAAAGAAACCUUUUUGGUAGGCAAGACAAAGUUCACAAGAUAGAUCCUGUUUGUUGGAAAACUCGUGGAAGAUAUGCAGUAAAUGAAAUAGAUAAAUAUGGUUUGAGAAAUCAGUCCUAUAAUAAACAGCCAUUCCAUCCAGGUUUCAAUAUGCAAAAUCCAAUCCAGCAGUAUCAACCUAGUGAAAAAAAUGAGCACUGGAAGAGACACAGUUAUGCUGGGGAGAAACCAGAAAGAACACCUUACCUAUUGCUCAACAGAGCUAUUAAUAGAGCCAACAAUCCAUCAAAUACUUGGAAAAUGGCAUCUGAUAGCCUUAGUAUUGUUUCUUCAUUACGAGGAGGGUAUGCAAAUAACUACAAUACACCCCAGCAAAGUUUUGCUGAUCAGUUUUCACGACCAAAGGUAAAUCUUGCAGAAAGAAACUCAAUUGUACGGAGGUCUUUUAAUGGGACAGAUAACCAUAUACGCCAUCUGCAGCAAAGGAUGCCAACCCUCGAACACACAACAAAAUCAUUCCUACGUAACUGGCGAAUUAAGUCAUAUUUGAAUGAUCAGUCAGAUUAUCCAGUAGAGUCUAAUGGGUCAGCCUUGGGUGACAGAUAUGAUAGCUAUGACACACCUGAAAAUAUUAAAGCUCAUGCACUGUAUUCUCAUUCUCGUUUACGAUCAUCAUUGGUAUUUCAGCCAACUUUACCUGAACAGCAGGAAGUAAGCAGCUGUGCAAGUUCUUCAAAUUCAACUAUAAUUGGGUCAGAGGGAAGUGCAACACCUAAAGGGACAUCUAAUCAUGCUCCAAGUGUGGAAAAUGGGACAGAUAAUAUUUCAGAAGAGCCUAGCACAAACAUUCCACCUAAAUCAGAUACAUCAAUACCCCCCAGAAUUCAUAUUGCAGACUACACAAAACCUAGUGUAAAUUCAAAUGCAGCAGGUGACUCAUCUGUCUACUUGUACACUACACUGUGUGCAGACAAACAUGCUGAAAACUUGAAGAACCUUCAAAAUGAAAAUAUGCUGAAACGGAGAAGUUUUCCCAUGUUUAAUUCAAAGUCCAUUUUAGACCCUGGUGCCAACAAACAUGCAUCCAAUUAUGUUUACAGCACAUUAACUAGGCAUAGACUUAAGCAGCCAGUUAGUCCAAAACUUCCAGAAGACAUGCUGAAGAGCGCUAAAAGUUUGCACAGUAUGACAAACCACUUGCCACAGGAGGAAAAAAACCUCAAAGAAGAGCUAAAGAGCCCAACUGCUAGCAAGGCAGUCUCUAUGGCUGCUCUCACUGAUCCUAGCAAGGAGGAGUCUAGUAAGGACUGCACAUCAAAGAAAGAAAGUAAGAGUUCCCCAAGUUUUCUAAAGAAAGGAUCCCAGAAACUGCGGUCACUUCUUAAUCUCACACCAGACAAGAAGGAAAACUUGUCAAAAAACAAAGGUCCUGCAUUUUAUAGAAUGUGUAGUAGUUCUGAUACAUUGGUUUCUGAAGAAGAGAAUCAAAAACCAAAGAUGUCUGAGAAUAAGACAGAUUCUUCCCCAAGGAGAAAGAGAAACACAUCAUCAAAUUCUCAAGGUAGCUUGAACAGAAGUAAAGAAGAUGUUACCGGGAGCCCAACAAAGUCUCCAAAGUCUCCAAAGUCACCAAAACCUCAAAAAACUCCAUCUGAUGAAAGCAAUAAAAAGUGUCCUCUCUUGUGCCCCCUUGAAAGUAAGUUCAUAGAAACUGCAGGAGAUCCAUCUACCCCAAGAUUUAAUACAGAACAGAUUCAGUAUCAAGAUGUAAAAGAAACCACCACAAAUACUACUCCUGAAAGUGCUCCUGUCUCUGCUCUUCAAAGAGCAAGUUCAGUGACACCGCAGCUGGCAAGCUCAAAAUGCCAAGAGGAGCUAAGAUCUCGUUUGAGUGAAAGGCGUGUUUAUAGUCGCUUUGAGCCAUUCUGUAAGUUGGAAAAUUCUAGCCAACCUGCAGGAAAUGUACCCAACAGUAGUUUACAUCUCUCAGAUAUCAAAAGCAAGACCUUAGGGAAUAAUUACGGCAGGAGCAAUCACAUGGUCAGCUACAACUCAACCGCUUACCAUCCAUUGCAGCCUAAUGAAAAUAAGCUGAGAGGAUUUAUGCAAAAGUUUGGGAAUUUCCUACACAAAAACAAGUAAAACUUUUGUUGAUUAUGUUGAAGUACAGCAAGAGUAGCAAAGCUGUGUAUAAUCUUAACUGGACAAGACUGGUGGGCAACUUUUGUAGAGCUUACUUGGGUUUCUUCUUGGGUCUAGGACAUUGGAAUGAAUGUACAUAUUUUCACAUAAUUAUCCUAGAAUUGUUAUACUUAAAUCUUUACAGGAAUUCUGAGUCCGGAAGAUGUCUCAAGGGAGUUGUUUAUAGUGUUUAUAUUGUAAGAUUAAUUUUAUACAUUUUCCUUGUGGAGAAAGUAUGUACUAGAGUAUUGUAAGAUCAAAUGUGGGGGAAAAAAAGAUGGAGGAUAUUUUUAAACUUCCAGUAACACUGUUUCCAAAGAUUUGCCCUUUAAAAUUAGAAUAGCACUAGGAAUAGUGGCUUGCAUUUUUUCAGCAUUUAUGUAGACUUUCAAGUGAUAGUCAAAUGUUAAUGCAUUGUAUGUUACUUAUCUUUCAUUUUUUAAAACCUCUUUUAGGCUUAAUCUUGUUAAAAAUGUACCCCUUAACAUCUAUUGAAUUGUUUGGGCAGCAGAUGGACCUGUCUUAUUUUAUUGAGUUUUGCAAUGUAAUAUGAUAUUUUUCUGAACUAUUUGGCACACAGAUCUGAAAGUGACCUUAAUCUGAGCUUUCACAGACUUGUUUACAUGGUUAAACUACUGUGAAUGUAGAAUGAACAUUAAAAAAAAACUAUUUAUAAAUAAGGUGCCUUGAAUGUAACUUAGUUUAAAUUUCAAUGGGUUAAUUACAUUUUUAUAACAUGCCAGUAUUCUGUAAUGUAUUCUAAAAAUAGCUUUUUGUUUCAUAUGUCUAUUUGGUGUUUCAAAAAAAACGUCUGUGGACUUCUAUUUCUCAGGUAAGUUUUUGAGUUUCACAUGCAACAAUCUCUUUUACAAGUUGCCAGAUAAAAAUGCAACUUUGGCUUUAAUAACCAAUUUUUUUUUAAUAAGGUUGCGAGUACUUAGACUAGGCAUAUGAGGGAGAUUGCAAGCUUAAUUCUACAAUGCUGCCUUAUGUCAGGAUGAAUAUUACAAGGCCAGGAGCAUCUAAAAAUGAGUUUAGGAAAAGUCACCAUGUCAAACAAUAAAGCACCUCUCCUAAGCCAAAGUAGUAAAGGGUCAUAGCAGUAGCAACUGUUAACCUCAGUGGAGGUAUUUAGCACCCAGCUGCAGUCUAAAAGACACAUUUUCAUUCAUCUGAGUCUCUUAGUCAUGAAAUAUGAUAUUGAGUGACUAUGCCAGGUUAGUGUUUCCAGGAAACACCAGCAGGGUGAUGUGUUUGGGCAGCAGCAUGGCAUCCACUUCUCAUCUGCAGUGUGCAGCUAGAAUAUCCAGCUGGAUCUCACCCUCCUGACUGUGGAGUUUGCCUCUUAGAAGAAUGCCAUAAUGAUUUAGCUGCAAGAUGUUCUGUGACAGUUUUGUUCCAAAUUCAGAGAUUUUGGAAAAUUCAUUGUUGAAAGCUUAUAAUUCUUAUACAGGGUCUUUGUGUUGAAGGCUCCUGUUUUAGGAGACCACUUCACCCUUAUAUCUGAAAGGUCCUCCACUAUGGAGAAGUCGCGCUAGUAAGGUCUUGGCUUUAUCCUUUAGAAACAAAACUGCAUUUCAUGCACCAGCUAGCUUGAGUUCAUUUGUCUCUUCUACCUGUGGCCCUGGGAAGAGGUUUUAUAUGGAAAUUCCACUGAGAAUCUGUUCUGGCUCCUGGGAACUUGCCUUAGUUAACUGUCAGUGAUUUCAGUGAAGCGGUGCCAGCUUUUUAGUCAAACUGUUUCUCAGGGAACCUUAUUAGGCUGAUGUAUCAUAGCAGUAACUGUUUCACCGUGGGGAUGAUUUUUAUUUAUGAGAGUGACAGUCUUGCAUCUCGAUCUUCUGCUGAGAGUUUAUGUCUCUGCUUUACCUGUGACCACAGAAGAGAUGUUACGAAUUUCUUGAGGAACGCUGAUGACUUUGUUCACUCCUUGCUGAAAUGCCAUAGUUGUCAUUUUUCC